GUGAUCUUCUUGAUAACCCUCUUUAGUUUUAAUUCAAUCACUACCAAAAACCCUAACUACAGAAGAAAUCAUGGUUGAAGAAACUGCUGGUAAAGACUUAGAAUUUUUCAAGGUCUUUCUCCCUGAAUUCAGCUCUCAGGAACUGGUGAUUCCUCCUGCAUUCAUCGACAUAUUAGACAAGGAAUUACCUAAAGAAGCGUUCUUAGUCGAUGAGAUCGGACGGUUAUGGUGUGUCGAGACAAAAACAGAAGACACAGAAGAAAGAUUCUGUGUUUUGUUCAAAAAAGGUUGGGAAAGUUUCGCAAACGAUCAAUCUCUUGAAUUUGGAGACUUUCUUGUGUUUCGCUACGACGGCGAUUCGAGGUUUUCCGUUACGAUUUUCGCUAAAGACGGGUGUAAAAAAGAUAUUGGUGUCGUCACAACCACGGAUAGAUCUAGGGUUUCUGUUGAUGCGAAUGAACCGGUUGAUAUUUUUACUAAACCGGAACGUAUGAAAGAUUGUGGCCUGAGGAAUAAGCGGAAACUCGAUUCGGUUAAGGAAGACCCUCGUGUUCUGGUUAACGAUAAACCGGAUCAUCGUGAAAAGACUCAGAGAACAGUUAACCGGGCUGGAGAUCCUUGUGACAUAUCAUGGUGUCCUGAGAAGGAACAGAAUGGAUUUGAAGAAUCGGUUUAUAAACCUAAGCAUCCGCAUUUUCUAAGGAAUAUCACAAUCGCUUCACUUCAGAAACUGGAGAUACCGUUAACUUUUCUGAGAUCGAACGGGAUUGAAUUGGAGGAAGAAGUUGAGCUUUGUGAUGAAAAUGGAAAGAAGUGGUCUUUGAAGAUUGUGAAUCACGGUAGAGGAGUCAAGUUCUCGCAUGAAUCAUGGUUGUGUUUCUGUAAAAGCCAUAACAUGAUGCUGACCCAUAAGUGUCUAUUUGAGUUUAUUGUCCCAAGUAACGGGAGAUGCAGUGAGAUUCAAGUUCGUAUUGUCAGUGGGAGAUUGCCUACCACUAUGACUAGACAUAAAUACCAAGUUCUUGCUAUAAGAGCCGUUCUAAACCGCAUCCGCAACCACAAAUGUAUUCACAAAAUCAAGAGUCUUCUCCACACCACCGCGGCUAAUGACGGAGCCACCGUCGAUGCUGAUUAUCGGUGGAUUGAUAGUGGCGAUGUCUUCUCUUGUCCGUGAAAUGGACAGAGACUUUGACAUGACACGUGUAUGUCACGAGUGUGUUUGUGAUUCUCUCUUGUCUCUAAUAUCCAAAUACAAGUUGUGUUAUAUGUAACUCUUUCAAGUGAGUAGUGAUCAUCAUAAAAUUGUAGUUUUUCG